UAUGUGGCCCAGCUGGACGCGCAGAUCGCGCUCCACUACGGCGUCCCCUACGCCGCCUCCGUCAUGGCGUUCGACCCCGUGCAGCGGCUCCUCGCCGUCGGGACGCUGGAUGGGAGGAUAAAAAUCUUUGGAGGUGAUAAUAUCGAAGGCAUCCUCAUAUCGCCAAAGAGUAUGCCAUACAAGUAUCUUCAGUUUAUACAAAACCAGGGGCUACUAAUUGCAGUUUCUAAUGAGAAUGAAAUCCAGGUGUGGAAUCUUGAAUUCAGGCAGCUAUUUCAUUCUUCCCAGUGGGACACCAAUAUAACUGCUUUUUCAGUCAUAGAGGGGACCUUUCUGAUGUACCUUGGAGAUGAGAAUGGUCUGCUUUCUGUAUUAAAGUAUGAUGUAUAUGAUGGGAAGCUUCAAAAGAUGCCUUACAAUGUUUCUAUACAUUCCUUAGCUGAAGCAGCUGGUGUUCCGUUGCUUGAUACUCAACCUAUCGUUGGAAUACUGCCUCAACCUAACACCUUGGGCACCAGGGUGCUAAUUGCAUACGAGAAAGGAUUCUUAGUUCUUUGGGAUGUGUCAGAGGACCAUGCAGUUGCUGUUCGAGGCUACGGGGAUUUGCAUAUGAAGGGUCAAGUCACUGGCGCUCAAACACAUGCCAGUGAAGAUCAAAUAGAUAAUGUUGACGAGAAUGAGGAAGAGAGAGAAAUUUGCUCUCUUUGUUGGGCAUCGAGAGGGGGUUCAACUGUUGCUGUUGGCUAUAUAACUGGAGACAUACUUCUAUGGGAUAUGACUGCAGUAUCCUCUAGACAAGGCAAACAAACUGAUGUUUCGUCUAACGUUGUUAAGCUGCAGCUGGCUUCUGGGAGUCGCAGGCUUCCUGUUAUUGUCUUGCACUGGUCUGCUGGGUCAGCAAAAGACACCACUAAAGGCGGGAAACUUUUUGUAUACGGUGGCGAUGAUAUGGGGUCUGAAGAAGUUCUGACGGUUCUUAGUCUGGAAUCAUCUAAUGGAUUAGAGUCAGUAAGAUGUGCGUCGCGGGUGGACCUCAAACUUGAUGGAUCCUUUGCUGAUAUGAUUCUUAUUCCAGAUACUGGGGUUCCAGAUAAAACACGAACUUCUGCACUUUUUAUAUUGACAAAUCCUGGACAGUUAAAUUUCUAUGAUGGUGGUGCUCUAUUUUCUGCACGGAAAUCAGAAGAGGAAUAUGCUCAGCCUGAGGCACAGAAAUUUCCAGUCGUAGUUCCAACAAUUGAUCCCAGCAUAACAGUUACGAAUAUGUAUUCACUAACUGGGAGAGAGCAUCCAAGUAUUUCACUGAAGAAAUUUUGUGCUAGGCAAAUUGUCGCACCUCCAAUAUCAGGGAAUAUGAAAUGGCCUUUGACUGGUGGGGUUCCUAGUGAAAUGUCACUGAAGGAAGAUCAUGCAGUUGAAAGAAUAUAUGUUGCAGGCUAUCAAGAUGGUUCUGUGAGAAUAUGGGAUGCAACUUUUCCUAUUCUGAUGCCAAUGUUUGUCUUGGAUGCAAAGGUGCCUGAUGUUAUUUUCGAUGGAGCAAAUGCCUCUGUAUCAUCGCUGGCUUUUUGUUCAUUAAACAUGACUUUUGCUGUUGGCACAACAAGUGGUCUGGUCCGCAUGUAUAAACUUCAAGAGAACAGUGGGGAUUCCAGCUUUCACUUUGUGAGUGGAUCUAAGCAGGAAGGUAAAUACUGCACAUGAAGGCAUAAGUGCAAAUUAAAUUAUAUUUG